AUGCUUUCUUCAACCCUCACCUCGGUCUCACAGACCAGAACCUCUCCUCUUAUCUUAUAUGGUUCGAUUUCUGCCUCUACCAACAUGCUUCGAUCUGCCGGGUCAGUCUGGAACCGUAGUCGGCACAAUCAACAAACCCGAGGCUUUCGAUUGGGUGUUUGUUGGUCUUCAUACCUUGACCCGGGAUUUGAUAAAGAUAUAAAACGUCGUCACCGAAUCCUAAAAUUUAAAUAUCUUGAGGCUUUGGAUCGCAAAUUUGCAUGGCACCAUAAGCCUUCCAGCUUUAUGAAGCACUUUGGUAAGAGUUUCGGGUGUAGCGCAUGGAGAACACAUGAUGCAAGACCUGGAGGACGUUGGGUUAAUAUGGAUCGAAUGAUCAAGACUCAUGACGAUGCGGAGCCAAUUCCCAGAGACACUAAGCAGGACGAACGAGUUCCGAAUUAUAAACGCGCCAUGCAGAGCUUCAUGCGCAGUAAAACAAUUUACUUCUCCCCUGCUCACUCUAAACAUACCUUCAAAGCCGAUGUCGAGAAUACAGAAGGUGGUGAACCGAUCCGACUAUCGCAGGCUGGUGAAGCAUUCUGGAGAAAUUUGAGUUCGAAGAAUGAGUCGGACAGGCAGCCCAAUGAAGGCUAUGAGAUAGAUCCGAUCACAAAUCGAAAGGUGUACAAAAAGGAAAAGGCUGUAAAAAUACCAGUAAGAACAUUCAAAGGAUAUCGUCACAGAUUCCGAGAUUUAGUCCUGCCCGAUUCCAGUGCCACUCAGGAUGAUAUUGAAAACUACAAUAAGCCCUUCAUGUACAAUGAACCUGAUGGAAAGCUUCCCGAGAAGCCCGAUUCAACGAAGCAAGGGUUGAGUGAUUAUGACUCUGUUAUCGAAGGAUACGAACCAUUUCUUUUUCGAGAGCCCGAUGGCAAAUUGCCUGAGCAGCCUGACUCUGUACAAGAAUCUUUGAAAGAAUGCGAUGGCCAAGGAUACAAACCAUUCUUUUAUAAUGAGCCGGAUGGACAACUACCACAUGAACCCGACCCAGUACAAAAAGGACUGAGAGAUUACGACAAUUGUACGUCUUAUAACGCGUUUCGAUACAGAGAACCUGAUGGAAAGCUGCCAGAGAAACCAGAUCCUGUCCAGGAGUCACUGAGGGACUACGAUGCAACCACAACCUAUGGAUUCUUUCGUCACAAUGAGCCCGAUGGGAAAUUGCCCGAGAAACCAGAUGCAGUGCAAGAAUCGUUACAGGAAUACGACAUUACCACUUCCUAUGGAUCCUUCCGGUACAACGAGCCCGACGGUAAACUCCCCGAAAAGCCAGAUACGGUCCGGGAAGGAUUGAAGGACUUCGAUGCAAACACCUCAUAUGGAUCCUUUCGGUAUAACGAGCCCGAUGGUAAACUCCCCGAAAAUCCAGAUGCAGUCCGAGAAAGUUUGAAGGACUUCGAUGCAAAUACCUCAUAUGGAUCCUUUCGGUAUAACGAGCCCGACGGUAAGCUCCCCGAAAAGCCAGAUACAGUCCAGGAAGGAUUAAAGGAGUAUGAUCAGACGCAAGCGAGAAUUGCCCAGGGCUCUGGCGCUGACUCUAGGGCGCAGGAUAAAAAGGCACCCGAGAAAGAUACUGUCAAUCAAGCCCUUCGAGAUUACGAUAGCCGAGCCCCAUAUAGUCCUAGUAAAACACCCGAAGCUUCGCAGUCUCAAUCAAUGUUGCGCAGAUAUCCUGAUGCAGAUACUAGAGAGGAUCUUGACCUACUUCGAGCGAGUGAUAUUCGCGCCGCUUCAGGCAUUAUCAAGCAUGCCAAGAAGGAAACUGUUGAAGAAAAGUCCACUAAGAGAGAACAAUUGGAGAAGGCUUUCGAAGAAGCGCAUCAAAAUGUGGUCGAGUAUGCUAGAGAAAUCGCCACUGAGCAGAGAUCAAGAUGGAAAACUGAACCCAAAGUACGCGAGAGUCCCAGCUCUUCAGUCUUUAAACCUGGGGAAGGUGUCGGCGCCCCUGAUAAAAGGGACCCAAAGGCAGUACAGGUCGAGAAACAAAAGGUAACAGGUAAUUUUGUUCGGGAUUUUCCAGAAGAGUUCCAAAAGUCUUGGACACAACAAACUAACGGCACUGGAGCAUUGAUACCAAAAGUAUCUCAAGAUGCUUGGGGAUAUGACAAGUCUCCGAAGGGACUAGAGCUUUCUUACUCGGCGGAAGUCAAGCAAACCAUUCAGAAGGCUGAACAGGAAUAUAUUGACGGUACUGCUUCGAAAGAAGCUUUCUCUCGAAAUCCAAACACACCAAGACUCCAGACAUCCUUAGAUCGAACUACGACAAAGCCAACAUCUCCUCACACCGAUGUGACUAAAGGAUCAUCGGAAGUUGACCCGUACUCAAAGGUACCCCAAGGCUUAGAAACUUCGUAUAGAGAGGAAUGCGCCAGCCAAGGUGAAGGGGAUCUAUCAGUAUAUGUUUCAUCGUAUGGAAAGGCCAGAAAACAAUCUGGUAAAGACAAAGAUCUAGUUCGUGAGAUCCGAAGCAUUUAUGAAGAUGAUUAUGGCAAGAUUAACUCCAACCAUCGACAAUCACCAGCAAAUGAUGUCAAAGCUAGAAAUAUUCCCGGAGAAAGUUUCGUGACGGGCUCGGAGCCAACCACUUAUAAGGUUUUGGCCUAUGACUCGACAAUGCAGUCGAUCAAUAUUGCCGAAACAACAUCUAUUGUGACUGAUAAUGCAUCGGCUCUGACUCCUGCCGAGGUCCUUCUUCGAUUGUCCAAUCCAGCCAAGUUCUUUCCACAUUUCCACUCAUUACAGGCUGAAGGAUAUGAAAUUGUCUCCGGAGGAGGGGAUGUCCUUGUAUUCCGCAAAGUUCGACCAGCAAGACGCUUGUCGUCGCAAGCUGAUUUGAAGAACAACACAACAAAUCCGAUAGAUGGUAUGCAGGUAGCAACGGGCAGAUUCGCCAGCCCCACAGGCUUUGUGAACCAUGAUCUGCCGGAAUCAGCAGAACCACCAUUCAAAUCAAAUAUUGAUGUUCGACGAGAAGAACCUGUAUUUAGUGGCAAAUCUUCCUGGAAAGACAAUUCCAAAAGCAAGCGCAAGAAGCCUGGUAAGACCAAGAGAGUACUCCUAGGUGGAGCAAUUGUUGGCGGUAUUUGUUACGCGGUUGGCGUAGUAACAGAAUUCUUCAGAACUGGAGGUGUAGAUGGACAGGGACCGCAGGGUUUCUGA